UAACUAAUAGUUGGUUAAAACAUAUUUUCUAUCAUUCGGAGUGAUGUAGUGCAAAUAGGAAAAGCCAAGGCGGUAGAAUGAUAUCAUAUCAGAAAUAAAAGUUUUAGUUAAAAUUAAACCUCCGAAGCGAUGAUUAUAAAUUGUAGUACGUGUAAAAAUAUUGUGUAAACCAUGGUUAGGCCACAGGAAGAAAUUAACGAGCAGACGUUAUUCUGGCGGAAAGUAUUAUCAGCAUUAUUUUAUGGUAUUGCAUCUUUUAUGAUAACAGUCAUAAAUAAACUAGUGCUUACUACUUAUGGAUUUCCAUCGUUUCAAGUACUUGGUAUUGGCCAAAUGGUUGCUACUAUUGUUGUAUUAUUAGUAGCAAAGAAACUUAGAAUAGUGAACUUUCCAAAUCUGGAAUUUAGUAUUUUGGGAAAAAUAUUUCCACUACCUCUUAUAUAUCUAGGAAACAUGUUUUUUGGACUAGGAGGUACCAAAGAGUUAAGUUUACCAAUGUUUACAGCUUUACGAAGGUUUUCAAUAUUAAUGACGAUGGUUUUGGAGUUCUACAUCUUAGGUGUUCAACCAAGUUUUAGUGUACAGUUUAGUGUUUAUACUAUGAUUUUGGGUGCCAUAGUUGCUGCCAUGCACGAUCUUGCCUUUGCUGUGAGAGGUUAUGUGUUUAUCUUCUUGAAUAAUUUUUUUACUGCAACUAAUGGUGUUUAUAUGAAGAAAAAAUUAGAUUCUAAAGAACUAGGCAAAUAUGGGCUUAUGUUUUAUAAUGCUUUAUUCAUGAUAAUUCCUGCUACAUUAUUUGCCUAUUAUUCUGGAGAUUUACACGAAUCAUAUUAUUAUAAAUAUUGGGAUGAUCCAUUGUUUGUUAUUCAAUUUUCAAUAUCUUGUGUGAUGGGAUUCAUUUUAUCUUACAGUGUAGUAUUAUGUACUUAUUACAAUUCAGCUUUAACUACGACAAUUAUUGGAACUUUAAAAAACAUUUGUGUUACUUAUUUAGGUAUGGUUAUUGGAGGUGAUUAUAUAUUUUCUAUUGAAAAUUUCUUGGGUAUUAACAUAAGUGUACUAGGAAGUUUGGUAUACACUUAUGUUACUUUCAGACGGAAACAGUCUGUUUCAUAUUCACCUAUCUCUACUACCGAAGUUAAGUCUGAAAAUAUUGUAUAGUAUUUGCUACCUUUUGUAGGAAAUAUUUUGGAAGCUAAUCAAUUUUCAUUACCUAUAAAAUUGAUAUUAAUUUCUUGUAUAUACUAGUCACAUUGUCAAUUUUUUCUGUAAAUAUGUGAUUUUAUGGUCUCUUUAAAUAGUAAAUGUAGUAGUAAGAUAUUUUUUGAAUUCUUGAUGAGUUAUUAGAACUGAACUAUUUCUAUAUAUAUAUAUAUAUAUAUAUAUAUAUAUAUAUAUAUAUUUCAAUUGAUAAUGGUCUACUGUUCAAAAGUAUGUGGUUAUUUAGUAUAAAUGAGAUAACUUCAUAUUUCAAUUUUCUAUUUGAAAUUACAGUGUUUCUAUGCAUGCAUGUUUUUCAUGAAAACUUUCAUAACAACUAAUUUCUCCAACAUUACCUUAAUUAUCUUCUGCCAUUUGUCUUAUAGUUUUCUUCACAACCCGAAGCAAAUACUAUUAUAAUUAAAUGGUGCUAAGACUGCAGACUAUGGGUAGUUGAGUCAUGACUUUUACCUCCUGUUCUAUAGGAGAUACCUGAUAAAUUUUUUUUAAAUAUACAAAGAAAAAUAUGUCGUUUUUGAUAAAUGGGGAAUAAAUUCAAUAAUCUUUCAGUUCCAUAUUUUAAAUCAUUAAUUAUGUAUUUAAUUAAUUACACAAUAAUUUUAAAUAUAGAAUUGAAUUUACCAUCACUUUGUUGUUUCAUAAAAUGUGUGCUCACAGAUAUAUUUUUAUUAUUUUAUACAUAAGAUGAGUUUGAUUAAACAUGGUGAUUUUAAUAUUUAUUUAUUUCAAAAUUUUAUAAAUUCCUGUAGCUUUUUUGUUUUAUAAAAUACACAAAUGUAUCUUUUUUAAUAAAUUUAUUGAGAAAUCAGAAGUUAUAUUUAUAUAUAGUUUAUCAUUAUUAUAUACUGAGGCUUUUUCACUGCAAAUUCGUCUUUGUCACGUAAAAGGGAAAGGGAGAGGAUUUAGAGGAAUUCAGUUAUUUAUCUACUUUAAAUAGUGAAUAGUUAUGAAGGUGAUAAUUAUAUUAUACAUACUCAAAUAAAAGAAAAAACAAUGUUGAAAGAAUUAGCCAAACAAUUUCUUUAUAUACCUAUUAUUUAGAUAAUACUUGAUCAAAUAAAACCCAAUAUAAAGUUAGUA